AAGUGAUUAGUGAAUUGUGAAAUUAAUCAGAUUUAUUCAGACAAUUAGUGUGAAAUAGUAAUCAAAUAAUUAAAAAAUAAUACAUAAUAUUGAAUAAAUAAUUUAAUGGCUCAAGUUAUAUUUUUUAAAGAGAAAAUCCUUUUUUCAUUUUUCAAUGUUUACUUUCCCUGCAAAAUUGAAACUGUCGUUCCCCCCUCUCUCACACAAUUGUAGAAACAGAGGGGGAAAUAGCUAGUCGACAGAGACUAACAUUUUUCAGAUCAGUCGGCUGUCUGUGCGGGUACUGCGAGGGCCCUCAUCGAUAUUACACACUAAUUUCCUUGUACAAUGUUUGCAUUGUAAUUUUGCAUAAAAAUGUCCCUGAUUUGAUGUGAGGAAUAAAAAUCCAGGUGCACUGUGUUGAUUUAAAUAUUUUUCAUACGUCAAAGAUCAUCAAGACUUCUCUGAGAAGCGGGAAUCAAAAGGAUUAAAAGUGACGAGUGACCAGUGGCUGACACCAGGAUAUCCUCGAAGCCCCCGUCAUGUCCAAACUGCUGUCAUUCAUCGUCAUUCUCAUUUCUGGCUCUUGUGUUGCACAAUGUCCACGAGGCAGCGGUUGCGGGGACUGUCACUACAGCCUCAACGGUGAGUACGACAUCUACUGUUCAACCAGUGCACCGGACGCGACGUUCACGGUCACCUACAAGCCUCACUCCUGGAUAAAAAUCUUCUGUUAUAAUUCGCCAAAUUGGUCGGAGUUCAACCUCGGCCGAGACCAGCAGAGCCACGACGUCGACUCGAUAUUAUUCAAGACAUGUCCACUGCCAGAAGGGGGAAAACUCGGGACGAUAACCCGACAAAUCAUUGCCAACAACAUUAUCGAAUUGAAUAUCCAGAUGAACGAGAAUUUGUCACAGACACUCAGCAGGGAAACACUAGGGCAAUUCAAGAGUUUGAAGUCUCUGGAGCUAAUUCGAAAUAAGUUGACGAACGUCAGUGCCGAUCUUCUCCACGAUCUGCAGAAUUUAACUCUCCUGAACCUCCGGGAAAAUGAUCUCCAGGAGCUUCCAGCCGGCUUCCUGAACAUUCCCCGUCUGGAGUCAAUCGAGUUGGGGAUCAAUCAACUGGAAAUUAUUGAGACGGAAAUGUUCGAGAGGUUGACGAACCUGAAGCGCUUAAACCUGUGGAACAAUAAACUCACGACGAUAAGACCCCACAGUCUUGAUAAACUCAAGGCCCUGAAGUAUAUUGACAUGCACACGAAUAAUCUACAGACACUCCCGGAGGACAUUUUCGCCCAGCUGGAGAAGCUCCUGGUGAUCAACUUGUCGCAGAAUAAUUUCACCGCCAAUUCACUGCCUGGAGGACUUCUAAGGAACAAUAAACUCCUGCACACAGUUUUUCUUUUUGAGAAUAAACAGAAUUUGACGACUUUUCCACCGAAGUUCUUCGCUGAUUUGCCGCAACUGGUGGAUGUCAAGUUGCGGAGGAAUAAGUUGGUGUAUUUGCCGGAGGAUUUAUUCGCGGGGAGUGUCAGUUUAAAGGAAAUAAGUUUGGAGUGGAAUUACAUAAAAACACUUCCACGAGGAAUUUUUAAGGACUGCAAGGAGCUUUUAUCAAUUUAUCUUGGUUACAACGAGCUUGAGGACCUGCCCAGUGAAAUCUUCUCGACGCUUCCGAAGCUGGAGACGCUUGACCUAUCCAGGAAUCACAUAACUAUGAUAAAACGAAAUUUAUUCGAGGGCUUAUCAUCCCUCAAAGUCCUGAACAUGGAACGAAACGGAUUGAAAACAAUUGAUCCACAAGGGCUGCAUACCCUUCAGAACCUCCUGAUAGCCCGAUUUUCCUCGAACCAGUUGACAUUAAAAAUAACCCCAGGCGGAUCCUUGGGGGGCGAGCGUUUAUACUCUCCGUUCACCCCAUGUAAAACAAUCGAGGAGUUGCACCUGUCACACAAUAAUAUUUCCGAUAUUUUCCUUGACUGGACAACAGCUCCCAACCUGAAGAAAUUGAAUCUCCAGCACAAUAACCUGACCUCCCUGCACGCUCAGGACAUCUACUUCUCCUCCCAAAACCUCUACGUGGACCUGUCCUUCAACCGGAUCGAGACGAUAUCCCUAAUGUACGCCGAGAUCUACGCAAGGUCCUGGGAGACCGCGAAAAACAAAACAGUGACCGUAUCAAUAGAAAAUAAUCCCCUGAAUUGCGACUGUGACAUUUACGAUCUCCUGCGUUAUCAAGAGGGUGACAUGGAUGCAAAGGUCAAGAACAUCGUUGACCUGAAGAUGACGAACCUGACGUGCCAGAAGCCGUCCUGGCUGGCGACCACGCCCGUGGAGAACAUCAAAUUUGAAUCCCUGAAGUGUCUCGUCGAGGACGCGACAAUUUACAACGCGACGUGUCCCGAUGUCUGCAAGUGUUGGAUGAAGCCGAAUAACCGAUCAUACAUCAUAGAUUGUUCCUACAGGAACCUGACGAAGGCCCCUGACCACGUGAGGGCCCCACAAGGACUAUCGAUUGAGCUGUACUUAGGAGGUAAUUCCCUGAGGAAUAUGCCAUCCAUGAGUAGCCCUGGAUACGACACAGUGAAAGUUCUGUCUCUCUCGAGGAACGAGAUAACUCAAUUGCCUCUGGAGGGGCUGUCCAAUAACCUGACGAACCUUGAACUGGACUACAACAAUCUGACGCGACUGGAGACAGACGUGAUCGCUUUUCUGAGCAACUCGACGAACCUGAGGAACCUCUCCCUCGACAUGAACCCCUGGAAAUGCGACUGUGACGCGAGGGAACUCCUGUCCUUCGUCCAAAUGAAAAGAAUAGAUAUUCAUGAUUUGCAGCGAGUCAAGUGUGAUGCGUUUGACAAAGCUAUGUUCGAGAUGUUCCCUAAGGAAAUAUGUCCACCGGAGAUCGCGGGGAUCAUCGCUGUCUCCGUUAUCAUCGCUCUGCUGGGGAUAAUAGCAGGAAUAAUGGCGGCAUUUUACUAUCGCUAUCUGCACGAGAUCAAGGUCUGGCUUUAUGCUAGACAGUGGUGCCUCUGGCUGGUCACCGAGGACGAGCUGGACAAGGAUAAGCUCUACGACGCUUUUAUCAGUUAUUCCCAUAAGGACGAGGAGUUCGUCGUGAAGAAUUUGAUUGAGAAGUUGGAGGAGGGGCCCAGACCUUUUAAAUUGUGCGUUCACUUCAGGGAUUGGCUUGCAGGGGAGUGGAUACCCAAUCAGAUUGCCAGAUCGGUCGAUGACUCGAGACGAACAAUUGUCGUACUCUCCCCGAACUUCCUGGAGAGUAUCUGGGGAAAGAUGGAGUUCAGAACUGCUCAUAAUCAGGCUCUGAACGAAGGACGGGCCAGGGUUAUCGUCAUUCUUUAUGGGGAUGUUGGGCCAGUUGAGGAAUUGGAUCCAGAGCUCAAGGCCUACCUGACCAUGAAUACUUAUGUCAAGUGGGGGGAUCCGUGGUUCUGGGAGAAGUUGAAGUAUGCGUUGCCACAUCCUCAGGAUGUUGGGCGGAGGAAGAGAAGGCAGACGGUAUUUGAGAAUCAACAUCCGAGGAUUGUUAUUGGGAAUGACAAAAGUGAACUCAUUGGGAAGCAGGCCAAUGGCGCAGUGGCAACUGAUGCCUCGACACCACCUGCCGACACCCUUAAGUCCUUCAGCGGGGAGGGGAGUGAUGGGAAGGAGGAAAUGAUGAAGAGGGAGGUCAAUGGGAACGCGAAGAUUGGGGGAAAUUGUGAGGUGGGAAAGGACAGCGAGAGGGUCGAGAGGGUUCAGUGUACGACGGUGUGAGAGAACGAUUGGAAGAGUGAUGGGGGUGUUUUUGAUGGGGUGAGAAAUAUUCAGGGAAAUUACAAAAUAAUUUAAAUUAUCCUUAAGGGGGAGCCGUUCUCCAUUAGUUUUUUGCGAAGAGGAAACCUAAGAUAUCCUCGCAAAACACACUAGCCUAAACCAUUAAUUUAUAAUCUAAUUCAUUAUGAAUCUGAAGUAUGACGAGCAUGACAUUAAUCCAACGUAUAGUAUAAAAACUCCUGUUCACUAGCGUAAGAGUAUCGAAUAAUUUAUCAAUGACAAGACUGAAAGGGACUGCUGGGAGAUUAUUUUUAAACGUUGUAAAUUUCUCUAGGUACCACUCACCAAUCCUGUGUCGAGUGUAAAUAGCAUUUCUCUUGCAACGCAAAUAUUUUAAGUCAUAUUUCUUGUGAUUUUGUACAACGAAUUUAAAGCUAAAUAAAUAAGCCUGCUUUGACCUUGAAAGAUAAAUAUAA